AAACUUCUUGGCGCAAGCAAACGAAAGUCGAGCAACAGUUGGAAACGUCGCUACCGUCGGCCAGCAUUCAAUACCCCACGCCACCUUAGCCCAGCUUCGCUUCGAGACGUGUCGCGGACACGGAAGAGUAUUAAACUGCAGACUGUUACAGCGACAGUGGAUCGCCGGCGCGAUGUCGACGACAGCUUCACGUGUGCGUCGCACAACGACGAAUACCCAAAUCACGCAUAGUUUCGCCCGUCGCAUCAAUGACAUCCAGACAUACCCGUACCGAUCGCCCCAAGGCGCCACAAUCCUCAUUCAUUGCCACGACAGUGGUGUGACAAUCACAUGGCGAGGUGGCCGGAGGUUCAAGCAGAAACCAAAGGUUGCGAAGAAGGAUAGGACGAACGGGAAAGUCGAUGAUUCAGUUAUGGUGAUCGAUUCCGAUGACGAAGCACCGCCUUCGAAAGGAGCCGCCAAGUUCGAAGACAAACCAGAGUUUGAGGAGGAAGAUGUAGACGAGACACCACAUUCGGAAACUGUCCAGACGCUUGACCUCACGUUUGGAACAGCUGUGCAAAAUGUCGCAGUCAUGCCUGUCACACCAGGCUCGGGCCUCGAGGACAGAGUUCCGAUCCUUCGCCACAAGCUUGUUUUCACAGCUUCCACAGUCACAAACGAUGUGUAUCUGGUCACACUUCCUCUUACACCACCAUCCCCAGAGUCGAAAGCGAGGCCUGAGCUGAAGAAGGAUCUACUGGCGGGCAAGGCGGGCUCAGGCGCUUGGGGGGAGACACUGGUGUUGUUGCGAGGCAACACGCGGCUGAGCGAUGGGCUUGCGAUUGGACUCUACAUGCCGGAAACCGAUGAUUCCGGCAAGCAGGCGAGGGCGGUGGUGGCAGCACAUUCAAGAGAGGCCUCAGGCGUCCUGCGGUUGUGGGAAGUACCUCUCGAUCCGAAAUCCAAGAUGGAACGACAGGUCGAGCCUUUCCAGACUGAAUUCCUACCAGCACCACUGACCGGGAUCUCUUUCAAUCCUACACACCGCUCGCAGCUGCUCACAGUGACGGCGUCACAGGGUGCUCGCGUCUACGAUUUUGCGCGGUCCUCACUGCCUACGGACCCAGACGCGACCGGUAUUUUUCCCACGCAGGGUUCGUGGCAACUCACUCUGUACCAACCCUUUGUUCGACCCUCAGCACUCCGAAAACCAAUCGUUGCCGCUGCAUGGAUAUGCCAUGGACAUGCUGUCUUCACGAUCAUGGCAGACGGCAUGUGGGGGAUUUGGGACAUUGACAGUGUUGGCGCCACGUCCUCUGGCUCGCUCCUGUCCAAGGCCAGCCCUGGUAUCAGGGGCGCCGCAAUCACUGCCUUUAGUGUGUCUGGUUACGUGGAUGGAACGAGUCUACUGCGCAGUACCGGAGCACACCAUACAGCAAGAGACUCGCAGAGCGGAGACUUUGCGCCUAUGACACCACACACCCGAAAGCAAACGACCGCUAACAUCCAUUCGCCGGCCACAGCCGAUCGAUUUGCGACAGUUCACGGUGGAAUUAAAGUCGCAUCAUUACCGUCGACCGAGAAAGGUCUGCCUGACGAAAGCCUUGCCCUCUGGAUAGGCAGCCAAGAGCAUGUCUGCCUCAUCUCGGGCGUAUCCAAGUUUUGGGAAUCUCAAGUCAAGAAGGCGGCGGGUGCAGGCAAUGGCUCUGCCCUUUUCAACGGACCACAGCCUGUCAAAAUGUCAAAACUGCAAGACCUUUCCACUGGGCUUCUGGGGGAACGCUGCUGUGGCAUCGAUCUCAUCACCUCGGCAGCUACGUCGCAGCCCGAAGUCCUCCUUCGCGGUGAGACUCGCAUCGUCUUCGUCCACGAAACCGCCGACGCUGGUAAGAAGUCCCUCACGACGAAACGCCGACUGUUCUCCGCAGGCCACAAGUCCAGUGCCAUCAUUGUGCACGGUGGCAACACGAACCGAACCCCAAGCGCUUCGUUCAACCUCAGCACCGUCAAGCCUGGCACGCUCCGCCAGCGUCCUACGAUUCUCGACAAGAACGACCACAGCAAGACCGCCGACUCGCUCUUCGCCCCACGACAGAACCUUGGGUUCGGGUUUGGGAGUACCCUCGACAAGGCGGCUGAUUAUGAGGACGGCGACGAGGACAUGCUCGACAUUGCGGGCAUCGACCAGGCCCUGGACGGGAUGAACGGACGAACGGGCGGGAAGAAGAGAGUGCUUUUUGAGGAGGACUAACUUGCAGGAUCACGUUGUACGAUAUACCCCUACGACUGAAAUGAGCUUUUCCCAGGCUGGCGACGGAAGCAGCCUCUGUCCAUACCGGCCAUGUGCCCUGUGAUGAAUUACGUGAACAUGUUUUCUUUUUCUCUUCCGCACGGCAAGGUGGAGCGCAAGGCGAGAUCCAUCCUUGACUGCUCUGUAUUCCGAGCGGUAUAUCAACAUUACUGUCAGCUAUCUGAGUCGGGGAGGGUUACGGGACGGGAAG